AAGUGGUGGUGGGAGGAUGAGCUAUAAGAGGAAUCAGAGCGGGUGGGGGACAUCCCAUGAGCAAAAUGUCAGAGGAGGAAGAGUUUUAUCUGUUCAAGAACAUCUCCUCGGUGAAACCGUGGGAUGGGCCUCAGUACCACCUCGCCCCUAUCUGGGCCUUCCGCCUCCAGGCAGCCUUCAUGGGCUUUGUAUUCCUUGUAGGGACGCCACUCAAUGCCACGGUGCUGAUAGCCACACUGCGCUACAGAAAGUUGCGGCAGCCACUCAACUAUAUUCUGGUCAACGUGUCCCUGGGGGGCUUCAUCUAUUGCAUGUUCUCUGUCUUCUGCGUCUUUGUAGCCAGCUGUUAUGGAUACUUCGUCUUUGGGCGCCGUGUUUGUGCUAUGGAGGCCUUCCUGGGCACUGCAGCAGGUCUGGUGACAGGCUGGUCACUGGCCUUCUUGGCCUUUGAGCGCUACAUUAUCAUCUGUAAACCCUUCGGCAACUUUCGCUUCAGCUCCAAGCACGCAGUGAUGGUGGUUGUGGCCACCUGGAUCAUUGGUGUUGGCGUCUCCAUCCCACCGUUCUUUGGCUGGAGCCGGUACCUGCCUGAGGGCCUGCAGUGUUCCUGUGGUCCCGACUGGUACACCGUGGGCACCAAAUACUACAGCGAGUACUAUACCUGGUUCCUCUUCAUCUUCUGCUACAUUGUGCCUCUCUCUCUCAUCUGCUUCUCCUACUCUCAGCUGCUGGGGGCCCUCAGAGCUGUUGCAGCUCAACAGCAGGAGUCAGCGUCCACCCAGAAGGCUGAGCGGGAGGUGAGCCACAUGGUGGUAAUGAUGGUGGGAUCCUUUUGUCUCUGCUACACGCCAUACGCUGCCCUGGCCAUGUAUAUAGUCAACAACCGUAACCAUGGGGUGGACUUACGGCUAGUCACCAUUCCUGCCUUCUUCUCCAAGAGUGCUUGUGUCUACAAUCCCAUCAUCUACUGCUUCAUGAAUAAGCAGUUCCGAGCUUGCAUCAUGGAGAUGGUGUGUGGAAAGUCCAUGACAGAUGAGUCUGACAUGUCCAGUUCCCAGAAAACGGAAGUGUCUACUGUCUCUUCCAGCCAAGUUGGCCCCAACUAA